AUGAACCUGCUGUUUUCCUGGCAGCUGAUGCUUCUCCUUUGUGCCACCUCCUUCAUGGAGACAUUAGAAAAGGUGGUGCCCAUGGAGAAUCCUAGAACCACAGGCUCGCAGCUCGGACCCGCGACGCUCCGGGCGCCCUGGGAGCAGAGCCCGCGGUGCGCGGCGGAGAAGCCCGCAGCAGCCGGGCCUCGGCCUCGGGGGGCCGCGCUGUGCCCUCCUGAGAGCUCCGCGGGCCCCCAGCUGCCGGGCCCGUGCGCCCCCCGCAGCCGCCUGAUCCCGGCCCCGAGGGGCGCGGUGCUGGUGCAGCGGGAGAAGGACGUGUCCGCCUACAACUGGAACUCCUUCGGCCUGCGCUACGGCAGGCGGCAGGCGGCGCUGCCCGGGGUCCGCGGCCUCGCGCGGGGCUGA